AUGUCCUCUGAAAGAACUUUCAUUGCUUUGAAGCCUGAUGCCGUCCAACGUGGUUUGAUUGGUCCAAUCAUUACCAGAUUCGAACAAAAGGGAUUCAAGUUGGUUGCUAUGAAGCUCAUCACUCCAACUGCUGAAUUGGCCUCUAAGCAUUACGCUGAACAUGAUGGUAAGCCAUUCUUUGCUGGUUUGGUUGAAUUCUUGACUUCUGGUCCAGUCUGUGCUAUGGUCUGGGAAGGUCAAGGUGUCAUUGCUGCUGCUAGAAAGCUCAUCGGUGUUACCAAGCCAUUGGAAUCUGCUCCAGGUACUAUCAGAGGUGACUUUGCUAUCAACGUUGGUAGAAACAUUAUCCACGGUUCUGACAGCACUACCUCCGCUGAAGCUGAAAUUGCUUUGUGGUUCAAGCCUGAAGAAAUCUCCAACUGGACUCCAGUUGCUAACAAAUGGAUUUACGAAUAA